UUGUUAGAGCUCAUGAGUGAUGUUGACACUUGUUACAGAACAUGAAUUCUAAGUGAUUGUUUCAUUUUCCCUUUUAGACACAAAAUUGUUAACAAUUAAAUGGUUAACCAAUUUUACCAUUUUUAAUUUAUUUCCACAAUUUAACCAUGUUCUCUUUUAGUUUAAUUAACUGUGGUAAUUUAAUCUAUCCUAAGAUGAGAUGGACUUUUCUUAUUGUUUGUCUAUUCCAGUCAUCUUUUGGCUUUCAGGUGAAACAUUUGCCUAUGUUAAUGCCCAAUGUUCAGCCAACUCAGAAAGACACCUAUUUGUGUACAGCAUUUAAAAUGCCCCAAAAAGAGACCGAAUAUGUGAUUGAAUUUCUUCCAAAUGCCACCAUGGCCACAGCUCAUCAUAUCUUAAUCUAUGGGUGUAAAGUGCCGGGUUAUUAUGAGAGAGAUACUCCUCGAGCUGUUUGGGAUUGUGGUGAAAUGUCCAGUUCUUCGGGCACUCAAUCAGCAUAUCGACGAUCAUCUGUCUGUUCUGGAGCUUCAUCAAUCAUUUAUGCUUGGGCUAUGGAUGCACCGGAACUUAUAUUACCUCAAUCGGUUGGAUUUAAGGUUGGAAAAGGGACCGACAUCAAUUUCCUAGUAUUACAAGUCCAUUAUGCUCAUGUCGAUAAAUUUAUUGCCGGGGAAACCGAUUCAUCGGGUAUAACACUUUCCAUGGUUCCAGGUCAUGCCAAUAUUGUCACCAAACGAGCUGGAGUCCUGCUCCUUGGGACCAGUGGUCUGAUUCCGGCAAAUUCAUAUGAACACAUGGAAACAACUUGUACCAUCUCUCAACCCAUUGAAUUACACCCAUUCGCUUUUCGUACCCAUACCCAUAAAUUGGGUAAAGUUGUGUCAGGUUGGUUUGUGCGAGAUGGAAAUUGGCAAUUAAUCGGUAAACAUGACCCUCAAAAACCACAGAUGUUUUAUCCAAUUUCUGAAGAAUCGAUUGUCAUCAAACAAGGUGAUAUUGUCGCAGCUCGAUGUACAAUGGAUAAUUAUUUACCUUUUAUGGUCUCAAUUGGAUCUACCGGUGAUGAUGAGAUGUGUAACUUUUACCUAAUGUAUUGGGUUGAUGGAGAUGAUGAAUUGCAUCGUAAAUAUUGUUUCUCCCCUGGUCCACCCCUUUACUAUUGGUCCACUGAUCCUUUGUUACAGGGUAAAAUCUCAAAUGCUGUUGAUCGAAUGGCAAGUGAAUUAUAAGGAAACUAAUCAACUUUAAGAUAAUUAAACGUAAACCUUGUCAUCUCAUAUCAAAUGCAAUUCGUGAUGAAGGAGAAACGAAUCAAAAACAACAGAGACUGAGAAAUUAACAAAGAAUCAUGACAAUCAUCAUUCCAAGUCAACUAAAUUUAAUCAUGAAAAUUUAUUCUUCCUCUUCUUAUUGAAAACAAAUUUCCUGAAACGACCUUAAUCCAGUUCCAUUCCAUGACAAUUUACUAAAUCACCUGAAU